UCCGUACCGUAAAGAGCAGUGUGCUAGCUGAGCAUAAUGCUAAGUGAAGACUGCGACGCUACUUUCCUGAAUUCUGUCCCCCUGAGGCCGUUUAAUCCCCAGAAAGGCUCGCAUUUACAACCUGCAGGCCUUCCUCUGCGCGCCACGUCUGAAUAACCGGUUUUAUUGGUUCCAGAGUCUUUCUGAGAGGCGACAAAGCGACGAGAGCCGCUGGAAGAAGACGCUAAAGCUAACCCGCUUUCAGCCAGUCAUCGCCAUGGCCUCCGGGAGCAGCGACAGUAGUAUGGAUAGAGAGAUGAUUCUGGCUGAUUUCCAGGCUUGCACAGGAAUUGACAACAUUGCAGAGGCAAUCACUCUGUUAGAGCUUAAUAACUGGGAUUUAGUGGCAGCCAUCAACGGGGUGAUACCACAGGAGAAUGGGAUCCUGCAAAGUAACUUUUCCAGUGAGGCGAGCCAGGCCAGCAUGUACGGACCUCUCAGCCACUCAGAAGCAGCCGAUGCAGCAGCAGGAGGCGCAGUUCCUCCUCCCUCUUCUUCAUCUUCAUCCUCUUCCCCUCCAUCGUCCUCGGCUUCAGCCUUCUGCCCCCUCAACUCCUCCUCCCGACACAUUGUAGAGCGUCAGCCCCGGAUGCUCAACUUCAGGGUGGAGUACCGGCAGCGCACUGUAGAACUGGUACUGGAGGAGGGCAGCACAGUCGGGGAAAUCAAACAAAUCCUCGAGACAGAGCUCGGUGUCCCAGUGUCCAAAAUGCAGCUGAAGGGAUGGAAGAGCGGCGAUGUGUCUGAUAGUACGGUGUUGAGAAGUUUACACCUGCCCAAGAACAACAGCCUGUAUGUCCUGACCCCAGACAUCGCUCCUACUGCCAGCACCAGCAAAAACAGUGCUCUCCAAGAGUCGUUAAACCAGAACUUCCUGCUGGUCAUUAGCCACCGUGAGACUCAGAGAGACUACAACCUCAACUUCCCCGGCUCCAGAACCAUACAGGAGGUGAAAAGGAAUGUUUCAGACUUGACUAACAUCCCAGUCCGGCAUCAGCAGUGGGAGGGAUGGCCUGCAUCAGCAUCUGAUGAUUCUAUGACACUAGCUCUCUCCGGGAUUAGCUACCCCUGCCAUCACCUCAGUGUUUGUCGAAGGUCCUCACCAGCCAACGCCCAGGAACCCACAGAAGAGUGCGCAGAUGUCCAUAUGAUCAGCGACAGCGAGGGGGAUGAUUAUGAAGAUGCGUCAGAAUUCGGUGUGGAUGAUACAGAGAUGUUCGGAAUGGGCUCCUCAAGCUGUCGGAAGUCACCCAUGAUGCCAGAGAACAGUGAGAACGAAGCUGAUGCCUUACUUCACUUUACUGCCGAAUUUUCUUCCAGGUAUGGAGAGACCCACCCGAUGUUCUUCAUUGGGUCUUUGGAGGCAGCAUCUCAAGAGGCCUUCUACGGCAAAGCCAGAGAUAGAAAGCUGCUCGCCAUCUACCUCCACAAUGACGACAGUGUUCUCAGCAACGUCUUCUGCUCCCAGAUGAUGUGUGCUGACUCCAUUGUCUCCUACCUGAGCCAGAACUUCAUCACAUGGGCCUGGGACGUCACAAAAGAAGCUAACAAAGCCAGACUACUCACCAUGUGCACGAGGCACUUUGGCAGUGUGGUGGCACAAACUAUACGGACAUACAAGACAGAUCAGUUCCCUCUGCUCCUUAUAGUCAUGGGAAAACGCACAUCCAACGAAGUUCUAAAUGUUAUUCAAGGCAAUACAACAGUGGAUGAGCUGAUGAUGAGGUUAAUGGGAGCAAUGGAGAUCUUCACAGCACAACAACAAGAGGACAUCAAAGAUGAGGACGAGCGCGAGGCAAGAGAGAUGGUGAAGAGAGAACAGGACGAGGCCUACCGUUUGUCUUUAGAGGCUGACCGGAAGAAGAGAGAAGCCCAAGAAAGAGAAGAAGCCGAACAGGUUCGCCUGGAACAGAUGAGGAAGGAGCAGGAGGAGGAGAAGGAGGCGAUCCGCUUGUCCCUGGAGCAGGCCCUACCUCCAGAGCCCAACGAAGAGUCAGGAGAGCAGAUCAGCAAACUGAGAAUCCGCACACCCAGCGGGGAGUUUUUGGAAAGGCGUUUCCUGGGCAGCUGUAAGCUCCAGGUCCUCUUCGACUUCGUGGCCUCCAAGGGAUACCCCUUCGAUGAAUUCAAGCUCCUCACCACCUUCCCCCGUAGAAAUAUCACCCAGUUGGAGCCAGGGUCGACCCUGCUGGAGGCCAAGCUGUUCCCACAGGAGACGCUCUUCCUGGAGGCUAAAGAAUAAGAAGCCGGGCCUCCGAUCGCUGAGAGGACCGACAGACUGAUGAACUGGCUGGACACACACUAGUCACCGAGCAUGGCCCCCCCACCUCCCAGUGUGGGCCUACAGUACACACACACACACACUCAGAAACACAACACCAACACACACUCAGACCUACAGAAACACAACACCAACACACACUCAGACCUACAGAAACACAACACCAACACACACACACUCAGAAACACAACAGGAACACACACUCAGACGUACAGAAACACAACAGGAACACACACUCAGACGUACAGAAACACACUGGCAUGCACGUCCAGUGAGACACAGUGCAGGUAAGCUUCUCUGCCCUCGGCCUGGGGGUGGAACAUGAAUGCCUAGAAGUGAACACAGAGGAGCAGAGACAGAAUCACAAGCACACCACAGCCAAACCUCCUCCUGCUUUCUCUUCUCCUCUCACACACUUCACCAACGUCACCAAACUGCUGGUUUUUCUCACGACACGGAACAGAAACGACUGAGUAGACAAAUCUUUGUCCCUGUUAAAAACAAAUAAAAACAAAAAAACCCAACAGAAACGAGGACUUGUUCCCUCCCCCUCAUCACACACCAGGCUGCUUUUUUAGAACAUGGCUUUGUGUUUGAAAUUUAAGAAAAUGUUUAAAAAAAAUAAAAAAUGUAAUAAAGUGAACAUCAAGAAGAGAUGUCGCCCUAUGAAGCCCAGCUGUCUCCUCUGCACCUGUACGGACCCCGUUAAACUCCCCCAUCCUCCUUCCUCCCCCGUUAAACUCCCCCAUUCCCCGGUUAACCUCCCCCAUCCUCCUUCCUCCCCCGUUAACCUCCCCCAUCCUCCUUCCUCCCCCGUUAACCUCCCCCAUCCUCCUUCCUCCCCCGUUAACCUCCCCCAUCCUCCUUCCUCCCCCGUUAACAUCCCCCAUCCUCCUCCCCCGUUAAACUCCCCCAUCCUCCUUCCUCCCCCGUUAAACUCCCCCAUUCCCCGGUUAACCUCCCCCAUCCUCCUUCCUCCCCCGUUAACCUCCCCCAUCCUCCUUCCUCCCCCGUUAACCUCCCUCAUCCUCCUUCCUCCCCCGUUAACCUCCCUCAUCCUCCUUCCUCCCCUGUUAACCUCCCCCCAUCCUCCUUCCUCCCCCGUUAACCUCCCCCAUCCUCCUUCCUCCCCCCGUUAACCUCCCCAUCCUCCUUCCUCCCCCGUUAACCUCCCCAUCCUCCUUCCUCCCCCGUUAACCUCCCCCAUCCUCCUUCUUCCUCCGUUAACCUCCCCAUCCUCCUUCUUCCUCCGUUAACCUCCCCCAUCCUCCUUCCUCCCCCGUUAACCUCCCCCAUCCUCCUUCCUCCCCCGUUAACCUCCCCCAUCCUCCUUCCUCCUCCGUUAACCUCCCCCAUCCUCCUUCCUCCCCCGUUAACCUCCCCAUCCUCCUUCCUCCCCCGUUAACCUCCCCCAUCCUCCUUCCUCCCCCGUUAACCUCCCCCAUCCUCCUUCCUCCCCCGUUAACCUCCCCCAUCCUCCUUCUUCCUCCGUUAACCUCCCCCAUCCUCCUUCCUCCCCCGUUAACCUCCCCCAUCCUCCUCCCCCGUUAAACUCCCCCAUUCCCCUGUUAACCUCCCCCAUGCUACUCCCCCGUCCUCCUCCCUCUGCACCCUCUCCGUCCGCUGUCCGAUGUGGGGAAGGCGGGGCCCGACGGGUCCCCGGCCACCUGGGGACCCGUCGGGACUCCAGGUGGCCCGUCGGGACUCCAGGUGGCCCGACGGGACUCCAGGUGGCCCGUCGGGACUCCAGGUGGCCCGUCGGGACUCCAGGUGGCCCGACGGGACUCCAGGUGGCCCGACGGCCUCCACUCUCCCUGGUUUUAACAUCCACUGCUCCACAAGCCAAUAGAUUGCUCCGUUUUCAUUUUUUUCCUUCUUUUUUUCUUUCUUUUUCCUCUUGAUCCUUUUUAAGUUUGAUGCUGUAUUAGUUUUAGUUUGAUAUACAUUAUAUAAAAUAUAUGAAUAUGAACAUCAA